AUGCUGAGCCUGUGGGUGCGGAGCCUGGGGGUGCUGAGCCUGGGAGUGCUACGCCUGAGCCUGAGCGUGCGGAGCCUGGGAGUGCUACGCCUGAGCGUGCGGAGCCUGGGGGUGCUGAGCCUAGGAGUGCUGAGACAAGGGGUGCUGCGCCUGAGCGUUCUGAGCCUAGGGGUUUUGAGCCUGGGUGUGCUGCUUCUGAGGGUGCUGAGCCGGGUGGUUCUGCUUCUGCUGGUGGCCUUCCGGGAGCCGGAGGCACUGGAGCUGGAGGCGCUGGAGCUGGAGGUACUGGCACUUGAGGUGCUGGAGCUGGAGGUCUUGACGCUGGAGGCACUGGAGCUGGAGGCACUGGAGCUGGAGGCUCUGACGCUGGAGCUGCUGGAGCUGGAGGUGCUGGCGAUAGAGACGCUGGAGCUGGAGGCCCUGUGCAGCAGCGUGAGCCCCUCUCACCACAGCAGCUGCGCGAGUGGCUCGCUCGGCGCACCCGCCUUCAGAGUCGCGCAGGAGCUGGAGGCACUGGAGCUGGAGGUGCUGGAGCUGGAGGCACUGGAGCUGGAGGCGCUGGAGUUGGAGGUGGUGGAGCUGGAGCUCCUGGCGCUGGAGGCGCUGGAGCUGGAGGUACUGGAGCUGGAGGUGCUAGAGCUGGAGGCACUGGAGCUGGAGGCGCUGGAGUUGGAGUUCCUGACGCUGGAGGUGCUGGAGCUGGAGGCACUGGAGCUGGAGGCACUGGAGCUGGAGGCGCUGGAGCUGGAGGCGCUGGAGCUGGAGGCACUGGCGCUGGAGCUACUGAAGAUGGAGACACUGGAGCUGGAGGCACUGGCGCUGGAGGUACUGGAGCUGGAGGUGCUGGAGCUGGAGGCGCUGGAGCUAGAGGCACUGGCGCUAGAGCUACUGGAGCUGAAGCUGCUGGCGCUGGAGGCGCUGGAGCUGGAGGCCCUGUGCAGCAGCGACCGUUUUUCUUGCCGCCGCCGCAGCUGUCCGAGCUUCCGCCCGAGUCGGUGCUCCGUCAGGUUCUUAGUCUUCCUUCGUCCACUGCCCUUCCUCAAGACUCACUGCUGCCUACCCCGUCCCGUUACACUCAGCAGCCGGCCUCCCUUACAGAGUGUCGUCAGCGUGUGUCCUGUCCUGCCUCCCCUGUUCGCCGUGCUCGUCGUGUCCCGCGUCCGCGUCCUCCUCCUGUGCCAGGUACUCACACUAUGGCACUUAUUCCUUCCUCUGUUCCACAGACGUCUGCCGUCUCCUCCUGCGUCCUCUCUGCCUGACGUUCCGGACCCUGAGUCUAACCGUGUUCGUGCUGCCAACCCUACUGACACCCGUCUCCUGGCUACUGUUGUCACUGAUCCGUCGUUUGAGUUUACUGCUGCGUCUGCGUCGUUUGAGUGGGUUUCUCCUCCUUAA